GUCAGGAGCAGUAGCAACCGGACCAUCACGGUCGGCGUAACUACCUACCGCGAUUGCCGGACCAAUAGUUGUAGCAAAUUGUUUGUUCUUAGCCCGGUAUACCUAGGUAUAGGUCAAACGUGUGCAUCGCGCUGUCGGUUGAAUUAAUAUAACGUAGUUUUGUGUUUUACGUUCGCCCGUUGGACGCGAUUUAACCACGCGAAGUCCGGUUGAAGUUUUGCGUAGGUGCAGUUCGUCGUCUUAAAAUACUAUUAUCAUUGCUAUUGUUAUCAUACUGUAGCCGGCUCGGUGCGCCGUUGAAAACCCAAGUGCUCGCGAUCCGUCUCCGAAGCGAUUGAUCGAUUAAAACCGUACGGUGAUCGUAUAGAUCUGAUUUGGGACCGGAAGUCGAGUGAGAUGUUUAUGCGUAAAAUCUGCGCCACGAAGACGCCGACGAAAACUCCUGAAGUUCAGAAACGUAGUUCGUUGCCGAUUUGACAGCAACAAUAUUAUCAUAACGAUACAUCAGUGUGAGAGAAGAGACCGAAUACUGCAAAUUAAAAAUUGUAUAAGAUAACAUCUGUAGCCUAAAAUAAUGCAGCCAUUACCGAUCUGUGGACUAUUAUCGUUUGCAUGGAUUCUGUUGGCGAGUUUGUCUUCGGCUGCGCAUCCGCCGUCACCUUGUCCGGACACAUUUACUUAUGAAGGAUCGGAACCGGAGAACAACAGGUGGUAUGGUGAGAUAUCAUUGCGAACUGACGAGAGCCUGGUCGGCAUCCGGCUGGACGUUGAACUGGACCGACAAGCAGAUUUAAUGGUAUCAUGGAUGGGAGAGAUAACGACAAACGACAAUAUGAAAUUUACUGUGUUGAACUUAAACCAAAAAUUGAAGCCCGGACCCCCGGUGCUGUCUAGGAUCAUGGUCAAGUUUAACCGGUCGACGGGAAGUCCAAAAUUGCGGUUCAUUCGACUUAAUGGCCGAAAGAUCUGCCCUGAAGAUUCCAGUUACAGUUCCGGGUACGAUGAGGAAACUCAGCCCUCGCAAAAGCCCCCGCAGAGUACCAGGAGACCGGAUCCCGAGUUCGUUGGCAUUCCGGAUGAGUAUCCGACAAAUAGCGGUAACAACAACUAUCACGAUAAGAACCAGUACCCGGUAAACGGCGGCAGCAAUAUCCACCGUGAUAAAGACACCCCGGUCAAACAAGGAUCUGAUUAUUCGCCGCAGGGUGGACGUCCGACGACCACCGAAGGGCCGUACACGACUCGAAAGACGAACAGAGGAACGACAACGACAACAACGACGGCCCCCCGAAAUCCUUAUGAACAGGGAAAUAGCAACGGCAACAGACCGAACACGGUAACGUUGCAGGCCAGCAGCACCGAUCCAAACAGUGAAAUAAACGGCGUCAUCAACGGAUUGCUGCAAAACCAGAACAGUAGAAAUAAGACCGUCAUCAUAACCGUCAUCGAGGACAACCAGAAUAACCGACCGAGCGGCGGUACCGGUGGUGGUCGACCGGAGACCGUGGACAGCAACAGUAAUAGGCCGAGUUCCGUCAACAACAACAGACCAUCCGGCCAGCAAACCAGCCAAAAGCCUAACAGCAAUCAACAGAUCAACAGCAACGGAAACGGUGGAUCUUAUACAGGCUCUGUUAACUCGCUCUCGUCUAGUGGACCGUCGUGCGGAGAAGUCAAGAUGGCCGUACCGCUGGUGACCGCAGGACAGUCCACGUACAGGGGACAAUGGCCCUGGCACGUGGCGCUCUAUCUGAUCGAAGGCAUAAACUUGAGCUACCAUUGUGGUGGGUCGCUCAUAUCUAAAAACAAAGUCAUAACGGCCGCUCAUUGCGUAACACACAAACUAAACGACGCAGUCCUUAAUUCAACCAAAAUAGUCGUCUACCUCGGCAAAUACCAUCAGCUCCAGUACAGCGACGAGCUGGGUGUCCAGAUCAAACAGGUUGUCCGGAUAAAGGUGUAUCCGUCUUACAACAGUAGCUCAUAUUUCGGAGACAUAGCUAUAUUGACGCUGUCUUCGGACGCUGAAAUCACAAGCUACGUGGUUCCCGUGUGUCUUUGGGAAGAGAGGUCCGACAGUUUGGACGACAUCAUUGACAAAGACGGAACGGUCGUCGGUUGGGGCUUCGACGAAAACAACACGCCGACCGAAGAAUUGAAAAUGGCUAAGAUGCCGGUCGUAUCACAAGAAACGUGUCUCUGGAGCUAUCCGCAAUUUUAUUCAGAAUUCACGUCUGACAGAACAUUUUGCGCCGGCUUCAGAAAUGGUACAAGCGUAUGCAAUGGAGACAGUGGCGGUGGCAUGGUAUUCGUAAGGAACCAUAGGUGGUAUCUGAGAGGUAUCGUGUCCCUGACUGUGGCCAAAGACGGACUUCGGGUAUGCGACACCAAACAUUAUGUUGUGUUCACGGACGUGGCCAAGUACUCAGACUUCGUCAGGAAGAACUUAUAAUUAUGGCGUACAUCUUUUGAUCAAUGAUAUAUUAAUAUGAUAUAUUAUUACAAUGUACCUGUACUAUGCAUCGAUCGAA